CUCUUCGGUGGCACCAUACCACCACCCACCAACCCGAGAUGCCCAAGUCGAAACGCCAGCGCGUGACCACCCUCACCAAGACGCCGGGGCGCACGACGCGUGCGUCCAAGGUCGCACUCGUGAACGAGAUCCGCCUCAACAUCGACGAGUACGACCACGUGUGGCUCUUCAGCGUCGGCGACAUGCGCAACGAAGGCCUCAAGGAGGUGCGCCAGCAGUGGCGCGGGACGGGGCGCUUCUUCUUCGGCAAGACGCGCGUUAUGGCCAAGGCGCUCGGCACCGACCCCGAGACAGAGUACGCCGAGGGCCUCGGCGAGCUGGGCAAGCGCUUGACGGGCCAGCUGGGGCUGUUUUGCACGUCGCAUCCCGUGGACGAGACGCUCGAGUGGUUCCAGACGUGGCACAAGCAGGAGUAUGCGCGCCAGGGGCACAAGGCGAGCAUGGACGUUGCGCUGCCCGCGGGCCCGCUGCUCACGCCGUGGAGCGAGGACAACAAUGGCGACCCCUUCCCGCACUCGAUGGACCCCCAGCUCCGCCAGCUCGGCCUCGACACCAAGCUUGUGCGCGGCGUGCCGAGCCUCGCGAACCCCCACGUCCUGUGCCGCAAGGGCGAGAAGCUCAGCUCGGAAAAGUGCCGUAUUCUCAAGCUCCUCGCUGUCCAGAUGGCAGACUUCCGCAUCAACCUCGGAUCCAGGUGGACAAAGGGCUCUGGGUUCGUGCAGGGCGCUGAGCUGGAGGGCGGUGACGAGUCGGGCGACGACAUGGACGAGGACUAGCGUGUACUCUUCUGUACUCUUAUGCAUUCUGUACCUGCUUAG